UAAUGUUUUUGGAAAAUCGUUGAUUGUUUUAUUUAUUACUCAAUUAGUUUUCCUCUUCGCUAUUUUAUAUCUUCUGGUUUUUAUGAAUUGCCCCAAUGAUUUAAAAGUUUUAGUUGUAGUUUUGUCAUCGGUUAACGUUAUUUUGUUUCUUCUUCUGUCCGUUUUUGCUGCGGAAAUACCUAAAAGUGCGAAUCGUUGUUCGGAUGCUAUCUAUAAAUCUUCGUUACGCUUCAACAGGUUUAAAGAUGAAUUAUCGAUUUAUAAAUUCAUGAAAACAAUUCACGGACCAAUUAUAGGAUUAUCCGGGUGUGGAUUUUUCUUCAUAACUUCUAAUUCCAUGUACUCGAUUGCUGGAACUGUAUUCUCUUAUUUUAUAAUACUCGUUCAGUUUCACACCGCUAUGCAGAAAAGUUGUAAAGUCGAAUAAUAAAUUCGUAUAAAUGUCUAUGUAAAUGAUAAUC